CCUCUAUGCAUUUGUCUCUCUCUCUCUCUCUCCUCUAUGCAUUUGUCACUGGUCGUAAACUGACCAUAAAAUGGCAAAUGAUGGCAGGAAGGAUAAGCAAGAGCCCCCCAGCUCUACUUCUGCCCUGCAGCGCCAUGACCAUGGAUUUCCUAUUUUAAGGAGUGAACCUGCUAACUCUACUGGCUGUUUCAAUGCCGCUGGAGCUAAUAAUAUGCGGAACCCAAGCACAACGAGGCCUUUGUCCCCUUUUGCUUUUGGGAGCAUGCAAGCAACGCCUAAAUCAUACUCUGAGGGAAAUCCGUCAACCGGUUUUGAAAUAAUGGGCAAUACCUCUCAUUCCCAAACACCUCAGAAUACCAGGUCUGUGCAGGAGUAUUUUCGCGCGAAAGGCAUCCAACUCCAACUCGGGCCAUAUUCAAACUCUACACGUCAGGAAGGGAACAUAACUACGGAUCAUAGUUUUCACGCUACUAAUAGUCCAGUGGCUACUGAUAAUGUGAUAAAUCCUGCCUAUUAUGCCAACAUUUUUCAGAAUCCAUCUACUAGCAAUCAAUUUGUGAAUGAUAAUUCAGCUUCAAGCUCACGGAGGAUCGAACAACGAGAAGUGACUAUUGGUAAUCAUCGCUUUCCUCAAACAGUCGGGAGUUUUUUCAAUUAUGGAGGUCAAACGCUUUUUUCAGACUCUGCCUUAGAUGGUGAAGAAAUUGAAAUGAGCAACAACUUAAUGCCCAGUGCAGUUCAAUCCCUUUCUCCACAGAAACGUGAUGGGAUUCUUUUGAGACUCGGAAUUGAGGAUCCUGAAGAGGCUUUAUCUCGAUGUAGUAUUUCAGGAAGAGAUAUCACCAGCGAUAAUAAUCAGAUGGCAGCAUUCCCUAGAUCAAACACUUUCGAUGCUCAAAGUGCCGUAAAUUUUUCAAAUCCAAGUAUUGAUAUGGCUGGUGAUUUUUCUGUUUUUCGAAAUAACAGGGAUUGUUUUUCCUGGAGACAACAACAUGUGGAUAAUUGGACGUUCCCUAACAGUACUCAACAUGUUCUGUCUGAUGGCAAUGCAGAGCUUCUUUCUAACUCAAAUUCUAUUGCACAAACGCCACAACAUGAUGAGAGGCAUCACUUUUUUAUACCAAGCGACAGUGUUACUCCUGGAAUUGUAGGUAGCCAUGAUGCAGGAUUUGCGGGUAUCGAUUCUGAUAAUUAUUGUGAAGAUUAUUCAACUAUAUCGCCAAUUCCAGGAAGCAGUCAAGUGGUACCGAAUUCCAGGCAGAGCAGGGCAACUGGCUUGCUGCCAUCAACACCUGGUUUGAGUAGUAGGACUUCCACUCAACCAUCAUCUAGCAAUGAUCAAAGGUUUAGAUUUGGUGUUACUCCGGAGCUUCUUUCAAAUUCACGUUUUGUUGCACAAACACUGCAACAUGACGAGGGGCAUCACUUUCCUAUGUCGAGCAACAGGAUUGACCUUCAAAUUGUAGGGAACCAAGAUGAGGAAUUGGCAAGUAGUGUUUCCAAUAAUGAUUUUCAAGAUAACUCAAUUCUGUCACCAAUACCGGGAAGGAAUCAAGUUGUGGUGCAUGAUUCUCCGUGGAGCAGGGCAACAUCUGAUUCGAGUUGGAGGACUUCUGAAUCUUCCAUGUUCCUACCUCUUAAUACAGUGACAAGAAGCAAUUCCCUGCAGAAUCAAUUUGGGGAGCCUUUUGCAGCCAACGAGGGUGGUGGUGCUACGCAAGUUUCUAAAAGAGGUCAGCAAAUUCCAAUCACAAGUGUCAAUAGAAUUCCUCAAGCCGGUCAGAUUUUGUAUGGGCCCGCUCUGAAAAGGAGUCCAACAGACUCUUCUCAAGCUGCUGCUCAGAGUCAACGAAGAAGAAUAAGAACGCCUUCAACCAAUUUAUCUAUCUCAACUCGAGCACAGAGUGAUUCACCAAUACGAAAUUUACCCGAGGUUGCUUCUUCCGCAGGCUUAGCGCGUACUUCACUUUCUCUCUCGCACCAAGCUAAUAGGACAUCACUUCAACCCCAACACCAGACUGCUCAAAUGCAUCACCUCAUACCUCAGGUAGCCUCGUCAAUCCUGCCCCAGCCAGGUGCCUCUUUGUUGCCACACCAGUUUCGGUUCAUUCCAUUUCCACCACAUAUGGUGAUUGCUCCAGCAUUCCCCCCGCAGCUUUUGCCAGCACAACCUUUCCCACUCCCACCCAGACAUGUCCAAACUGUCCCGAUUCAUCCCGGGUCUCGCGCUAUAAUUCCCCCAUUCCAACCUCAGUAUGUUCCUACUUUCCCUCUCCAGCCUGGGAUUGCUCCAACUUUCCCUUUCCAACCCCGGAGCACUUCACCUCUUCAGCCCCGGAAUCUUCCACAUCCCCAACCCCGAUCCCGGAGGGCUCGAGGAAGACCACCUCGUCUCCGGGGUACUCCACGUCUACGGCAUCCCCCGACUAAUGCUAUACGUCAUCAAUUUCCCCGGACUAAUGAAGUGUUCCAUAUAAAGUGGGAAGAUCCAGAGAUGAAACCUCGACUACUUGGGCACAAUUGUUUCAUAUGCAAAAGGGAUCUCUCAUUCACAGAAGAAGGCCCUGUUUCCAUACCAAGUAGGGCACCACCCACUGCUGUUCUCCCUUGUGGCCACACCUUUCAUGACUCCUGCCUGGAACGCAUCACGCCUCAAAGCGAAGCUACGAAUCCCACUUGCAUCGCUUGCGCCAUCGGGGAAACUUGAAGUACCCGUUGAUGCUUUACCAUUCUUUGCUGGAUAGAACCCUGAUUUUGGUAUCUAGAUUUUGAAAAUAUAGUCAAGAAUAGAUGAGGGAUGAUAUAGAAUUUCAAAGGAAACUUGCAAUGAAUGAUAUAGGAGAAAUUUGUCAACUGUAUAGAUUCAAAAAGUGUACGGAAGUAGUCGUAACUACUCAUUUUGAUUAGUAAAACCUAACCUUUUUGGAAUUAAA